CCUGGGCUCGACCUGGGGCCCCGAAGACCCCCGAGUCCUAGCCCCGUCUGACUCGGGACGUGCCAUGGGACAACUGAUGGCCAAGUUGAUGAGCAUCUUCGGGGAACGGGAGCACAAGGUUAUCAUCGUGGGACUGGACAAUGCAGGGAAGACCACCAUUCUCUACCAGUUCCUGACAAAUGAGGUGGUCCAUACAUGUCCCACCAUUGGUAGCAACGUGGAAGAGAUUGUUCUGCAAAAGACCCACUUCCUCAUGUGGGACAUAGGAGGACAGGAGUCUCUGCGCUCCACCUGGAACACAUACUACUCCAACACUGAGUUCAUCAUCCUUGUGAUUGACAGCACAGACCGGGAUCGGCUGCUGACCGCUCGAGAGGAGCUGUAUAAGAUGCUGGCCCAUGAGGCUCUACGAGAUGCUUCCAUCCUCAUCUUUGCCAAUAAGCAGGACAUGAAGGACUCCAUGACCAUCGUGGAGAUCUCCCAGUUCCUCACCCUUAGUGCCAUCAAAGACCACCCGUGGCACAUACAGGGCUGCUGUGCCCUCACCGGGGAAGGGCUGCCUGCCGGGCUGCAGUGGAUGCAGUCUCAGGCCACUGCCAACUGAUGUCCCAGCCUGAGGCCAACCAGAAACUUGGAGGGUUCUGCAUGGACUAUGUGGGUAGAAAACCCAAGUGACUAUUAUUUUUCUAUGACGCUCUAGUGACCAGGGGUAUCUAGUGGAUGGUGAGAUUGCCACUGUACACCCAACCCCCCCACUGAGGAGCUAGGUGGAGCACCCUGAGUUGCUGCAGACAGGACAGCAGAAAAAGCUGCCCUUCACUCCAUGGAAGCAGGCAUCCUUCUUAAGGACACCAGGAAAGCUGUUGGGGGAUCAGGAAGUAGAGCCCCCUCCGUCAGUCCUCAACCUCUCUGUAGGAAAAAUGGAGGGCAGAGUAAGAGACCCCUGGAAUUGU